AUGAAACAAUCAGAGUUGCUGAAAGAUUCAGCACAAAGUACAGGCAUCGUAUCGGUUCUAAUAGCCACCAUGACAUUUGGUGCAACUUUCGCUCUACCUGGAGGUUACAGAGCGGAUGACCACACUAAUGGUGGCACACCAACGCUUGCUGGGAGGUAUGUGUUCAGUGCAUUCCUAGUGGCCAACACAUUAGCUUUUGUUUGCUCUUCAAUAGCUACGGUUGGCAUCAUGUACGCUGGUAACCCUACAAAUAAGAUGUCAGCCCGUAGAGCACACUUUGUGGCAUCUUCGUUCUUCGCACAUGGAUCGGUGACAAGCCUCAGUGUUGCUUUUGCACUUGGCGUAUAUUUGGUGCUAGCUCCCGUUGCACCCAAGACUGCCAUCGCGAUCUGUUUAAUCAGUUCCCUUGUAGUGCUUUACAAUGAAUUUGAAGGUCUAUGGAGAGUAGUUCUUGCCACAAAUUCUAUUCGUAAGAGAUUGGGGUUAAUUAGAGCAAUGAACUCGGGCAUUCCGAGGACCAUUGGAAGAAUCGUUAGGGGAUUUUGGCAAUUUAUAAUCAUUUUUAUUUGGCUUGCAUAUGUCAGCAUAAGUCAGCAACAUUAA